AGGUAUCGCCAUUUCCAAGCGCCGUCUUUCGAAAUGGCAGCUAGAAAGGAAGUUUGCAGUGAGGCCGGACGCGAAGUCCUAACCUAAGGACGUCAGCGCGACUUCCGGUCUCCUUACAAGAUGGCUGCGCCCAGUGGUGGUUUCCAACCUCGUGAGCGGCGUUUUCCAGUGCAGGAACAGGACUGGGAUACGGCGCCGCCUAAGAGGCCCCGACUCGGGGCAGGAAGUAAGAGCGGAGGCCGAAGGCUCAUUGUGGUGCUGGAAGGGGCUAGCCUGGAGACAGUCAAGGUUGGGAAAACUUAUGAGCUGCUCAACUGUGACAAGCACAAGUCCAUGUUGUUGAAGAAUGGACGGGAUCCAGGGGAAGUCAGACCAGACAUCGCCCACCAGAGCUUGCUGAUGCUGAUGGACAGCCCCCUGAACCGAGCUGGCUUGCUACAGGUUUAUAUCCACACACAGAAGAACGUGCUUAUUGAAGUCAACCCUCAGACUCGAAUUCCUAGGACCUUUGACCGCUUUUGUGGCCUCAUGGUUCAGCUUUUACACAAGCUCAGCGUCCGAGCAGCUGAUGGCCCUCAGAAACUUUUGAAGGUAAUUAAGAACCCAGUGUCCGACCACUUCCCAGUUGGCUGUAUGAAAAUUGGCACUUCCUUUUCCGUCGCAGAUGUCAGUGAUGUGCGAGAGUUGGUGCCCAGUAGUGACCCAGUUGUUUUCGUAGUGGGGGCCUUUGCCCACGGCAAGGUCAGCGUGGAAUACACAGAAAAGAUGGUGUCCAUCAGCAACUAUCCGCUCUCUGCUGCCCUUACCUGCGCUAAACUUACCACAGCUUUUGAGGAAGUAUGGGGCGUCGUUUGAGAACAGCAGCGCCCGGUUUCAGACAGGACUGCUACAUCUGUUGAUCCCUAACAUCUGCUGGAAGUUAGUCUUCUGAACCAAGAUGGCGGAGUGGGGAGCCCACACCGAAUAGUCGUUUUUCCUAUAAAGACUGUUGUGUUUUGUUUUGAAACCCGAUUGUUUUUGAGUUCUUAAACUCAGCAGCACAUGGUAGUGUAAACUGUCCCCCUCAGGUUCUGGUGUUCCCGACUUGAAGGUACGAGUUCCUGAUUUCCUAGAUUCCUGUGCUCUCAAGGACCCUGAUGACCUCAGCUUUAGCCAGCACAGAGCCCGUGUACGAAAGAAAGCAGUCUGGGGUGCUAGCAGUGAAAAACUGAACAAACAGAAGUGAUUUUAUCUGGUAUAGUUCCA